ACCGCCCAGGCGGUCUCGCGUGCUUGUCCGGCUUCUGCAGACUAGGAUCUUCCUGCCUGUCUGCUUUCCUGCCUACUUGCCUACCUAUCUAUCUAUCUGUCUACUCGCCUACUUCCUACCACCACCUCGCCAUGCCGGAGCCUUCUCGCUCAGCACCGGCGCCCAAAAAGGGUUCCAAAAAGGCCAUCUCCAAGGCGCAGAAAAAGGACGGCAAGAAACGCAAGCGCAGCCGCAAGGAGAGCUACUCCAUCUACGUGUACAAGGUGUUGAAGCAGGUGCAUCCAGACACCGGCAUCUCAUCCAAAGCCAUGGGCAUCAUGAACUCGUUUGUCAACGACAUCUUCGAACGCAUCGCUAGCGAGGCCUCCCGCCUGGCGCACUACAACAAGCGUUCCACCAUCACGUCCCGCGAGGUGCAGACGGCUGUGCGCCUGCUGCUUCCCGGAGAGCUGGCCAAGCACGCCGUGUCGGAGGGCACCAAGGCCGUCACCAAGUACACCAGCUCCAAGUGAGGCGCGCCAAGGCGCCCGAAACCCAAAGGCUCUUUUCAGAGCCACCCACACAAUCGAGAAAGGGUUUCGAGCACGGUGACCGGUGGUUACGUAAACCCAUUUCUACAUUCUUAAGCUCUACCGGCUUCCGAGUUGCUGGGAGGGGCCCCGCCAGAGUAGUGUGCGCGUGCGGGUGUGUGAGUGGAGGGAGAUAUCGUGUAACUUGCUCUUCACAGGGAGUUAAUUAGUAACGCUGCCGAGGUGAUGGAGGACUCCGUGUGCAUACUUAAAACAUCCGCCAGGCGAAGGAGGAGCCUUGAGCUCAAAAUGUUCUUUGAUGGCUGGAGAGUACAUUCCCGGCUCGUGUGUGUAUGUGUCUGCGUCUGCACCUGAUGUAUGCCUGCGGUUGAGGGGCUUCGGUCGUUUUCCCCAAGACCUCACGCCAACCCCAUAACCCCUGUGUCCUUUGAUAGGUGAGCUCGGAGAAGCACUAGAGGGUGCGUUUAGUGAGGCCUUGGGUGCUAUCGCUCAGCACCGGGGUGGCGCCUGGCGCUGCAUCACCGCCUGGACCAGACAUCUUUAUCCUCAAAACUGAACAUUUCCAGGAGGUUUGCUUGCCUGGAUCCUGAACCCGCAAAGGCAGGAUGUUUGAACCCGAAGGGGAAUUGGAAGCGCUUUGUGCUCUGGGCGGUUGGAAGAGGCGAACCCUUUGGCAGCUUUAACCCUUAAGGGGUGGGAGAGUCGAUUCCCCUUUUUCUGACUCCCCUUUCCAGCCGUAUUACAUUCUGUGGCGCGCUAGUGAUGGAGAAUUCCCUCUUUAUUCUGAAUUUCUGGUGUUUAUUUGGAAAGAACCGUCGUAGCUCGGGAGAAAGCGCUUUGACAUGAGUUCACUCGGGAAAGGAGAUGGUUUUUCUUGCUUAAAGAGGAUUGCUAAUUACUUCCUGGAGCGGUUUGAGAGCUGUAUUGCAAGAACCUGUCGUUGUCUCAGGCAAGGAACUGACGCUCCAUGAAAGAUUAACUGGUCUGAAGCAAUAUUGAGAAGACUACAUGGAAGUGGAAAAUUUUGUCACAACUGUUUUACUCAAAUCUUUGCCUUUCUAGUUAUAAUCCAAAAAUUAAAUUGAUCUACAUUCAAAAGUACAGAAUCCAAUGCUCAGUGCGGGUCUACUGACCCUGUUCAGUCAGCCUCCUACCAGCCUAGAUUGGGAGUCAGCAUCUAAAAGAGCGCUUGUAGACCCCGUCACAUGAAAUCAGUCUCACAGAUUCAUGUGCUUCUCUGCCUUAAUAAUGAGCUCGAAGGAUAGGUUUCAUGAAACAAAACUGGUCUCCAGCACAGAGAUGUUGUUCUGCUAGCAGUGGGUAACAACGCUGUUUAGUACCAAAACUAAAAUCAAGAGGAAACAUGAGUAAUUCCCAGAUGUGUUCCUAUGAAGAUGUGUGUUGCAAUGCAAGAUAAUGCAAGGCAUCCAUUAAUUUCUCAGCCCUUUGGACACCUUAGUAGAAGUGAAAAAAGGCUGCCUCUUCUGGGCAGCCCUAGGCACAGAAUGGGCCCAUUUUGGCCCUCUGCUAGGACAGGAGCAUGUCAAGGGAGAGGCAAGGUGACAGAGUCCCUACUACUGAAAUAUUAGCAAGAAAUUGAAAUUGUAUAGAGUCCAUCCAUGUCUAUAAUAUUGUCUGUCACAGAGAAAAAGAAUGUUACUAACUUGAAGGUUAAAGGGGAUCAACAAAUAAUUGAGAAUGCCUGAGGCUGGGAUUCAACACAGUGGAAGCAUUCUCAAGGGUCUGAAAAUAUGAAGAUAAACGCUUAAACUAAGGAUCUGGAAAGGACUUGACAGAUGUCCAAUCUGCAACGCAUUUAAGAUACACCCCCAUCGCCCUUUUCUGCUACAAAUUUCAAGUCAAAUUGGCUAAUUAUUAUGGAGUAACCCAAAAACUUGGAGGGUGGAAAACUAUCCCUUUAAGAAGCUACAACUGCAAGACAAAGAAUUUACUGUGGGAGGGUAACCGUUGGCAAACGCGUGGCGGCCCCUGAAGGUGUGGGCGUCCUUCAGGGGGCAGGAGUUGAAAGGCCAUUAUCCACCUGAGGGGACAGAACCUCGAACCUGAAUCCGAGGCUGCGUUUUGGCUUCUGGAGCCUGGGUUGCAGGUGUCCUCGUGGUUUGAGUCACCGGUACCGGGAUAUUUUUGAGCCAGGAUAGCCAGGUCCCAGUUAAGGUUUUUACAUCAUACUUAACACAGGACUUGGACUUAA